AUGAAGCCACUUACCCUGGAUAACCUCCGUCGCCUCCUUGGCGGUGGAAGGAAGAAGAAGGAGCAGCCUAGCUUUAAGAGGAGUGACUCCUUCAAAAGGAUAUCCAUACGAAAAAAUUGUCUCGACCGAGGUAAAGGACGGAAACCGCCCGCCCCCGUCGUGCCAGAAGAGCCGCCUUCGGAUCCUCUCGUCAUCGGUUACGGCCAGUGGAUAAAAUGUAUGCGAGCCGAGGACUACGAGCACCUGAAGGAGCUGGGGCGGGCUUUGCCCCCGACACCGCCUCCAAGGAGAAAGUACACGCCGGACUCGAGCAUGGAAGUGUUAAAGUUGGAGACUUCUCCAGUGGUUGUACGGCGGAGGCUGGAAGAAAGGGCGGACAGCGGGCUGUCGGUCAGCCUGGGCAGGGUGUGGAUGGACGCGCCCCUGGCGAUGGCCAACGCCCCGCGAUCUCUGGAAUUACCGAGGCCUUGUGUCGAACCCUCCAGGAUACAUCACAGCCUCGAGAGCGGCCUGAAGCAACCCCUGGCCUCUAGGAGAGUUCCGACACCUAUAAAUAAGACAUCUGUUGACGUCAGCUCCAGCAAGGAUUCGGGGUUUUCCUUCUCCGUUUCUAUACCGCGACUUUCGGAUCUUUCGCCGACCGGUAGUGGUGCUUUCUGGAAGGGAUCGUCUUCGAAAACUUCUUCAUCUAAGGCCAGUGGGUCCCAAGGAUCGAUAAGGGGUCGUAAGAAAAGGAACUCCGGUAGGAAGAAGUCUUUCGGGACAGCUCGAAGCGAUAUGUACCAGGUGGUAGUGAGCAGGCCGCCACGGUCCCUCAAGUCGCUGAAGCUGGACCCGAUGAUAUUCGUCCCUCCGGAGCGUCGGAAACCCACCACGAUCAAAAGGAGUCGGUACGAAGUGCAGGAGAUUCGCGAUUACUGUUACCCACGCGAUUUGAGGUGCCGACCAGAAGACGAGGGUCUUUACGAGUGUAUAUCGGGUGACUUGAACGAUGGUGAAAGUGAGGACAGGUUCGAAACUCUGUCAGAAGAGGAUGAAGAUGAGGAUUACAAACGAGUGGUCAUCAGGAGACCAGUACGGCGAAAGAAGUCUGGUAAGGCGAAGUACAUUGCCAAGCCGACAAUACAUCGUGCCCCUUCUACCCUUAGGAAGAACAAAAAACUUAUGAAAAAACAAGGUGAUAUUACCCAAAAAGGCUAUGAGAAGAAACGGGGAAGGCUGCUUGCUCCAUACGUCCCUAAGCAAGCUCAAGCCCGGGGUAGCGGAGGGAGCAGCCCGACGACCAGGGCGAGGCGGAGGGGGAACAGAAGGCUCACGAGGAACGAGAGCAGGUACCACUCAGAAGUACGACAGGAAGCUGUGCAGCAGGCCUUGGCUGCAAUGCAGAGCAGGCCAAAGCCUUCAUUGCCAAUGCCUUCCAAGAGGACUUCUGUUAUGGCCAAAUCUCCAGACAGAGAACGUAGGGACUCGGGUUCAAGUUCUGAUGAAGAUAGCAUAGGCAAUGAGGCCCAGAGCACACCGGAAAGGGAACGAGUGAGGGCUCCUGCUCCACUGCCUCCGCACAGCGACACGAGUAGUACGGGCUCGGCCAGGGAGACACCACCACAAAUCCAUCGUCACCCUAGGUUGGCCAACGGUGGGUCAGGCGGUGUCGCUUGGGAAGAUCAGCAGGAUAGAGGAAGCAGGGAGAAGCAGGAAAGAAGACAUAAACCAGAAAUAACAGAUCUCGCUGAUGUCAUGCACAACCUGAGGCCUUAUUCUCAGCCGCCCGAUGUGACACAUAACACAGGCCAGGCAAGGAGAAUCACCCCGGCCGACAGGGUAAACAGGUACAGGGCUCGGCAGUCUUCUGAAGACGGAAUGAGUACAGUGACUGGAACUGGCAGGUGGAAGGUGUCUGCCAAGAUCCAGCAACUGCUUAAUACCCUCAAACGGCCUAAGAGGAGACCGCUACCAGAGUUCUAUGAGGACGAUGACAUAGAACUGGAGAUAGCAGCCAACCCAAAAGACCCUAAUGCUCCCAAGCCAGAAGGAGCCACAAUGACACCUGCAGUUGGAGAACAGCUUGUUGUUCCAUCAGGUUUGCCUAGAAACCUUGAAGCUGCCAUCCAAAGAUAUGGGUCUGCAACCUAUAAAGCUCCUGUUGCAACUGUGCUUGAUCCUAAUGGAAAACUCAGCAUCACUUUAACAUAUGGUAAGCUUCUGAGUAGAUCACAGAAGAUAGCAUAUACCCUCCUUACAAAGAACUUUACAAAAGGAGGAGAUACUUGUUCGCUCAAAUCUGGUGAUAGAAUAGCCCUUGUCUACCCAAAUAAUGACCCCAUCAAUUUCAUGUGCGCCUUUUAUGGUUGCAUGUUUGCUGGUAUCGUCCCUGUUCCUAUCGAAGUGCCUCUUACCAGGAGGGACGCUGGGUCGCAGCAAAUUGGAUUCCUUUUAGGUUCAUGUGGUGUCGAGGUUGCUUUAACCAGCGAGGCAUGCCUGAAAGGCCUUCCGAAGACAGCCGCUGGAGAAGUUGUUGGCUUUAAAGGCUGGCCAAAGCUCCACUGGUUUGUCACAGAACAUCUAGCAAAGACACCUAAAGACUGGACACCCUCCCCAAGACUAACGGACGACAAUCCGGCCUAUAUAGAAUAUACCACAGACAAAGAUGGAUCUGUUAUGGGAGUAACUGUAUCGAGAGCUGCUAUGCUUAGCCACUGCCGAAUGCUCACUAUGGCCUGCAGCUAUACCGAAGGUGAGAACAUGGUCUGUGUUCUCGACUUCAAGAGAGAAGCUGGCCUAUGGCAUUCAGUCCUAACAUCAGUAUUAAACGGCAUUCAUGUUGUUUUCAUACCCUACGCACUCAUGAAAGUCAAUCCAGCCUCUUGGAUGCAGAUGAUUACCAAAUACAGAGCCAGUGUCGCAGUCGUAAAAUCUAGGGACCUUCAUUGGGGCCUGCUGGCCACGAAGGAUCACAAAGACAUUAGCCUUUCAUCGUUACGACUAUUGCUGGUCGGUGAUGGGGCCAACCCUUGGUCCUUGUCUUCUUGCGACCAGUUCUUAGCUGUCUUUCAAUCAAAAGGUUUGAGAACGGAUGCUAUCUGCCCCUCAGCCUCCAGCUCUGAGUGCCUUACUGUUUCCAUCAGGAGGCCUGGGCGGGGUGGAGCAAACGCUACUGGAAGAGGAGUAUUAUCGAUGUCUGGGCUCAGCCACGGCGUAGUUCGAGUGGACCAAGAGAACUCUCUUACCUCUCUGACGCUUCAGGACUGCGGGCAAGUGAUGCCAGCUUCUUGCAUAAGUGUGAUCAAGAUGGAUGGCCCACCAUACGUUUGUAAGACUGAUGAGGUUGGCGAAAUAUGUGUCAAUUCGCCCGCCACAGGAACUCAAUAUUGGGGCCUUGCCGGCGUCAGCCAGAACACUUUUAGGGUACUGCCUAUCCUUUCGGAUAGUAGUCUUCUUUCCGACUCACCAUACACCAGAUCUGGACUCCUUGGCUUCUUAGGACCUGGAGGACUAGUGUUCGUGUGUGGUUCACGAGACGGAUUGAUGACAGUGACUGGGAGGAAGCAUAAUGCUGAUGAUAUUAUUGCAACUGUUCUUGCAGUCGAGCCGAUGAAGUUCAUCUAUCGUGGUAGGAUCGCAGUGUUCAGCAUCAGAGUUUUGCGUGAUGAGAGAAUAUGUGUAAUUGCAGAGCAGAGACCUGACUGCAGUGAGGAGGAGAGUUUUCAGUGGAUGUCACGAGUGCUCCAAGCUGUCGACUCUAUUCAUCAAGUUGGCCUUUACUGUCUGGCUCUCGUCCCUCCAAACUACCUCCCCAAGACACCACUCGGAGGAAUCCACCUGUCGGAAUGCAAACGACGCUUCCUGGAGGGCACUCUUCACCCGGCUAACGUACUUCUUUGCCCUCACACCUGUGUCACCAACCUGCCGAAACCUCGUGAGGUUCACCUAGACGUAGGUCCUGCUUCGGUAAUGGUCGGAAACAUCGUUCAAGGAAACCGGCUCGCUUCGGCUCAGGGUAGAGACAUGGGGAUUGUUGACGAAGAGUCCGACUCGGCUCGAAAAUACCAAUUUAUAUCCGAGAUUUUACGAUGGCGAGCCAUUUCCACCUCUGAACACCUGAUAUUCACCCUUCUCAACUCGAAGGGCGGCGUAGCUGGAGUCUUAACCUGUUCUCAGCUGCACAAGCGAGCCGAGCGAGUCGGUUCACUGCUCUUGGAGCGAGCCAAGAUCAACACUGGGGACCAUGUUGCCCUUAUCUUUCCACCCGGCAUAGAUCUCAUUUCGGCUUUCUAUGGAUGCCUUUAUGUCGGAGCUGUACCCGUGACGAUAAGGCCCCCACAUCCGCAAAAUCUGCAAACAACCUUACCAACAGUACGAAUGAUAGUUGAUGUUAGCAAAUCUGUUCUAGUCCUUUCAAACCAAUAUGUGAUCAAGCUCCUUAGAUCUAAGGAGGCAAGUAAUGUAGUAGAUAUUAAAUCAUGGCCUGUGAUCCUCGACACUGAUGAUAUGCCCAAGAAGAAACUCACGGCUCCGUAUCGUGCACCAACAGCCGAGAUGUUAGCUUAUUUAGACUUUAGUGUAAGCACAACAGGAAUGCUGGCUGGUAUCAAAAUGUCCCAUGCAGCCGUAACAUCGCUAUGCAGAUCAAUGAAAUUAGCCUGCGAGCUUUAUCCAUCAAGGCACAUAGCACUGUGCCUUGACCCUUAUUGCGGAUUAGGAUUCGCACUCUGGUGUCUUAGCAGUGUAUAUUCUGGCCACCAUUCCAUCCUUAUACCUCCAUCGGAAGUGGAGGUGAACCCAGCCUUGUGGUUGUCAGCGGUUAGCCAGUAUCGAGUCAGAGAUACCUUCUGCUCUUAUGGAGUUAUGGAACUAUGCACUAAAGGACUCGGGUCGAGUGUGAACGCCCUGAAGGCGAGAGGUGUUUCUUUAGCAUGCGUCAGAACCUGUGUCGUGGUUGCUGAAGAGAGGCCUAGAAUCAACCUCACCUCUUCAUUCUCCAAACUGUUCUCAACCCUUGGACUCAGUCCUCGAGCAGUAUCGACAAGCUUUGGCUGCAGGGUUAAUGUUGCUGUUUGCCUCCAGGGUGCAUCAAGCCCAGAACCAUCAUCAGUUUAUGUCGACCUACGUGCUCUGCGUAACGACCGCGUCAGCCUAGUUGAGAGAGGUUCUCCGCAUUCCCUCUGCCUCUUGGAAUCUGGAAAACUGCUCCCAGGUGUUAAAGUUAUCAUAGCCAAUCCAGAAACUAAGGGACAGUGUGGAGACUCACAUCUUGGAGAGAUCUGGGUACAGUCUCCUCACAAUGCGAGCGGCUACUUUUCAAUAUAUGGUGAUGACAGCGAAUAUAACGAACAUUUCAAUGCACGUCUGGUGACAGGCAACACUGGAGAAGUGUAUGCAAGAACUGGGUACCUUGGCUUCCUUCGAAGAACUGAACCCGGCACAACCCAGCCUCCUCCACUCCUUACAUCUGACCUCACCGACCUGACUUCUCUACAUGAGAUUUCUCCGCUCAAUCGACCUCAGCAACAGGACUCCUCUGCAGAACUUCAUGAUGCAGUAUUUGUCGUUGGUGCUCUUGAUGAAACUGUGAUGCUGAGGGGAAUGCGAUACCACCCGAUUGACAUCGAAAAUAGUGUGAUGAGGUGCCAUAAGAAAAUUGCUGAAUGUGCUGUGUUUACUUGGACGAAUCUACUAGUUGUUGUUGUUGAGCUUGAUGGAAAUGAAAGUGAAGCUCUUGAUCUUGUACCUCUGGUCACAACUGCUGUCCUUGAAGAACACCAUCUAAUCGUAGGCGUAGCAGUAGUGGUCGACCCAGGAGUUGUACCAAUCAACUCCCGCGGGGAGAAGCAGAGAAUGCAUCUCCGCGACGGCUUCCUUGCCGACCAACUCGAUCCUAUCUACGUCGCCUACAAUAUGUAAAUCUUAUGCAAUUUUCCAGGCGGCACUUAGUAUUUCUAUUGUAUUAUUAUGAUCCGCCUUUUAAUUUCUUUUUUAUAUAUAUUUUCGUUACUAAACAAAAAACUAGUGUAAAAAUACAUUUUUUUAUAUUUAUUGUAAUAAGGGACUAAAAAUUAAAAAUGGUUGUGUCCAUUGUAAUGGCCGGUUGUGCUAAUAUUAAAGGCCAAGUGAUAUAUGUAUAUGCUUUGAUACUCUAGCCUCAUCAAGCACUGUGGUGCAUUUGGUAUAUAUUCUAACGGUCCUGUUUGCAGGGGUAUGACCUCUCUGCAGAUUAUCCAAGCAGGACAUGUGUUCUAUUAUUUAAAUAAAUUUUAUCCUCGACGACGCGGAUCUAGUUACGAUCUAAAGGUAGGCUAGUCAGUAAGAUGCCUUGGCGAUUCAAUUUUAUUAAUACCUAAAAUGACCGAGGCUGUGUGUAAAUAAAAUUAGAAAUCAAAUCUUAUAUAGCAGGUAUAAAUAUAUAAAUAUAUAUAUAUAAAUUUGGUAUGUGCCAGUUUUUAGUGAUAACGUACAUUUUUAGUAAUUGAUGUAUUUUAGCGUGUAAAAUUAAAAACAAAAAAAUGGAGGACUUUGUAUAAUAUUUCUAUAGAAAGAGCCAUAUACAAAAGUAGUUGUAUUUGUAAAUUGUGUUCUGUCCCCUGAGGAGUGUGUCAGUUGUAUAUGUGGUAAAGCUGACAGAAAAUAAUUCUAGGGCCAAUUAGUUGUGCAGAAAACCUUUAAACACGCCAUCUAUAUACUAACAGUGUUGUAAAUAAUAAAAUGGCUUUUAUUAUUAGAUUAGACAAGUCUAUUUCUGGGCAUCACACUUAUUUUAUAUCCUCCCUAAAUAGCUUAUUUAUAAAUUUUCUUAUGAUAAAUAAAAAAUUCCAGUUCAUUUUAUUUAAUUUUUUUUUUUAAUAUAUCCAUAUAAUAUCGACAUUUUGAUUGCUAAAUUUCAUGUUGCAAUAAGUAAUAAAAUUGUUUAAUAUAUGUAUAUGUAUGUAUUUUAAAUAAAUAAAUAUUUUCAUUUGCUCAUUUCGGAGGCUGUGUGACAUUCUUUAAGUUAAUAUUUCCCUCUCCCUUUGCAUGAAAUUACAUUUUGGAAAAACAUUUAAUUAUUUUAAAACAUACUUCCAUAUAAAAAUUACAUGUCAAUCACCGAAAUUUCAAUAUGUGACACAGUUUCCACCUUUUUAAACUAGUUUAUUGUACCAUUUUUAUUUUUGUGACAUUGUUUUGUGAGUGUAUGUCUAUCAACAAAUAUUUAGUGUGUUAAAAUGUUGAAAUUUAUAAUAUUCUUUAUAAUAAUAAUAAAAAACAUUAUUAUUUGUUA